CUGGUUUACCACUGCAGACGGAAGUGAGGCAGUGGUGAAACAUCAGAGCCUCAACAAUGAGAGUCCAUCACUUCUGCUUCUUUGUCAUGCUGCUGAGUGAUAAUGAUAACGCGGGUCUCGUUAGUGCUGGUGAGACCGUCUGGACUGGAACUGAAGGAGGAUCCAUCACAGUUAAUUGCUCGUUUUUCUUUAGUGGAUCGAUGGCGAGCUUCUGUAAGGAGAGCUGUGACGAGGAAGGAAACAUUCUCGUUCAGACAGACGGCGACAGAGCUUGGAACGACAGAUACAGCCUUGAAUAUGAAAGAAAAUAUUUUCUGAAAUAUGAAAACAUUACUGCGACCAUCACAAAUCUGAAGAAGUCUGACUCAGGAUGGUACAUGUGUCGUUUGAAACGAUUGCAUUUCAAUUCAGAUGAGAAGAUUCAGAUCAUUGUCAAAGAUGCUCCAACCACUGCAGAUGCACCACCACCACCACCACCAUCAUCAUCAUCAUCAUCAUCAUCGACAGCAGCAGCAGCAGCAGCAACGACCACAGCUUCAGCCACGUCACAGAGUUUCACUUCUACACAAUUCACGUCCCAACCUGUCCUCCAACCGAAACUGAACAACAAUGUACUGAUGUAUGUGAGCCUGAUUCUGCUUUUCAUAAUCAUCGUAUUAUCAGUGGCUGUGCUGGUUUUCUGCAGGAACAGAGCCAGUAAAACUAAAGAAUCUCCAGAAAAAACAGAGGAACACGAGGUCAGCCAAGUGUACGAGGAGGUCAGAGACGAGUCCAGACACAGCAGAGCUCUUCCUGUGGAGGACUUGACUUAUUCUCUCGUACAAUUCACCAACCCGGACAGAGACGAAACCACAGACUGCUACACUUUGCUCACAGCUCAGAACACAGCUGGAUCUGGAGCAGCUGAGCAUCAGAAAGAAAACACCGUCAUCUACUCUGUGGUUCAGGCAAACAUGAGCGCUGUGAGUCACAGUGACGAUGCUUCAUUUCCUCUGUACUCCACUGUUGCCUCACACAAGCAGAAACUUUAACGCUGCCGCCUCAGUUGAAUGUAACACAUCUAAACUCACAUCAUAGUGCACUUGGUUCCCACCCAUUGCAAGCUGAACACACGGUUUUA